AAUGCAAUCAGGUACACAGCGUUAGUGGACAAUGUGAUGCAAGCGGCAAAGGACAUGGAGAAAGUUCUUGAUGUAAGACUGAGCAUGAUCGCAGAGGAAUACCCUUUGCCACCAAUCCCACAUCCCUACCCUCUCUUUUCAAGGGAGUUCUUCCGCCGCCAUGGUCGUGACCUCUUUGCAUGUUCUUCAACAUGGUUCCUCGUCGACAUUGUCUUCUACAGCCAAGUUUUGUUCCAAAGUGAAAUAUACAAACGCUACCUCGACGAAAAGGGAAAAGUAGACAUCUAUAAGGAGGCUAUUCACGUCUCUUGGAUCCAAGCCGUUAUCACAGUCUGUUCCACCAUCCCCGGUUACUUCUUCUCUGUCUACUUCAUUGACAGAUGGGGAAGGGUCAAAAUCCAAAUGAUGGGUUUUUUCUUCAUGGCAGUCAUCUUUUUCAUCAUUGGAAUUCCCUAUUACACUUUUUGGACUACUCCGGACCAUGAGGAGAACAAAUGGUUCAUGGUUUUGUAUGGCCUUGCUUUUUUCUUUGCCAACUUUGGCCCUAACACUACCACUUUCAUAGUCCCGGCUGCUUUUCCAGCCAGGUUUAGGUCAACUUGUCAUGGCAUUUCUGGGGCAGCCGGGAAGGUUGGGGCGAUCAUUGGGUCUGUGGGCUUUCUCUGGGCUUCUCAUAACAAGAGGGAGUAUGGAUACAGUAAGGGAAUUGGGAUGCAGGUUACCCUUAUCAUACUUGGAGGAGUGCUUAUUGGAAUGGUGAUCACGUACUUUUUCACUAGGGAAACCAUGGGAAGGUCCUUGGAAGAGAAUGAGGUUGAUAGUCAGACCAAUGAAGUUGAAGAACAUAAUAAUCUUUGAUUCCUUGCUGGCUGGGUGCGUGCGUUUAAGGUUGUACGUGCAUUGUGGUGAAUCGUCAUUUUUUGUUCAUAAGUUUUGUCUUAUUCUGUACACUUUCUGUUGAUAGGUAAAGGAUAUUAUAAUGUAACAUUUUGAAGUUAUAUCCAGCAGCCAUUAUGGAAGACUAUUUGGUGAUUAUUAAUACAAAUCCUUGAUUUAG